CCUCAGUAGCCUACUAGUUACCUUGCAUUUCAGAGUGGAAGCACAGACUAACUGCUGUCAAUAUGACAAGUCUGCUCGCCGUGCUGACCCUGCUGGCUGUGUUGUCUGGUGGUUUUUGUCAGAACAGACUGUACAGGUCCGUCCUUUCUGUGACCAAUGGAGGGCAAUGGGGAGACUGGUACAAUGUUGAGAUGUGUCCGGAGAACUACUAUGCUAUCGGCUUCAGUCUGAGGGUGGAGGGCGGCCAGGGAGAUGGUGAUGACACCGCCCUGAACGGGAUCCGUCUCUACUGUGCUGCAGAAAACCGCCAUGGAUUUGUCCACACUGUUGAGUCUAACAGUGGCUUCUGGGGUGGUUGGACCAGUGCUCAGUACUGCGACGGUGGCGUGCUCACUGCCUUCCAGCUCCGAGUUGAGGCUCCUGUUGGAGGCGGUGAUGACACUGCUGCCAACAACAUUAGGUUCCGUUGCAGCAGCAACCCCACACUGGAGGGGCAAGGCAUGGGCUGGGGAGAUUAUGGUGGAUGGAGUGAGACGUGUACCAAUGGAGGAAUCUGCGGCAUCAAGACCAAGGUGGAGGGACGGCAGGGUGGGGGGGAUGACACUGCCCUCAAUGAUGUGCGCUUCUACUGCUGUGACAGAAAAAUGAACAACAAGUGAGCCUGAGCUGACCUGACCAGUUUGAUGGAGUGACUCUGCAUCACCUUGAAAAUAAAGAUGACUGACAAUAGUUAGACUAUUGGUGCUGUGUCUUUCAUAAGUUUUAACAACAUAAAUUUCUUCAAAUGUU